AUAUCUAUUUUCUUCAUGAAAAUAAUUUUACCAUCGAAUGUUCUUUGACUAAUGGCAUAGAUACCUCAGAUACUCCAGAACCUCAUGGGUGUAGCAACUAUAUCAAUAAAACUAUAUAUGAUGCUUCUUCGCCUUCUCGUCCUUAUGCUGGAGCAUUUUUACCCGAUUACAAUGUAACACCUAGUACGGGAGCAGCAAUGAUUGAUCUUGAAAUAUUUAUCAUGGAUCCAGCAUAUAAUAAAUAUGAUCCUAAUUUACGUGAUCCAUCAACGUUUACUCCGUUUGACCUAUCACUUGCUGGGAAAAAUGCGUAUUAUUUAUCACAACCUAAAAGUGACAUAAUUGUAUAUUUUUGGAGAUUUACUAGAACAAUCAGGUAUAAUAUAAUUCCGGAUUUUUUAAGCUACUUUGGUAGACCAAGAUAUUCUCAACAGCCUUAUAUCGAAUCAAAUAUACGUAAGGACUCUUAUAUUAGGAUAUUUCAUAAUUAUAAUAAAAAUUUUGAUCUCCCAG